AUGCAGCGCCGUUUGGAGGCCGAACAACGUCAGACAACUAGCAGAGCUUCAUUUAAGUGCCCUGGCUGCCAGACGACAUACACGGAUCUCGAAGUUGACCGUCUUGUCGAUGUGAAGCAGCCUGACCGACUUGUCUGUGUUUAUUGCAGAGCUGAAGUUGUAGAGGAAGAGGAUAGUGCUUCUCGAACCGAUGCCCGAGCUAUGGUGGCGAAGUUUCAUCAGCAGGUAGACUAUCAUGCAAUAUCUUUAUUUAGCACAUUAAAGCUUAUAACUCUUACGACGUUUCACUAA